CUUGACGUUCUUCUCGCCUUUUUAUUUUUAUUUUUGAACAUGUCGCAGGGUGAACUACGUCAGCGUAACCCUUCCAAAAGACGUGAAUCCGACAGUUCCUCAUCCUCCAUUAGCAAUGACUAUAAUCUGACCAACGAUGUAUGCUGUUCUUCUUAUGGCAGAACACCCAGCGGAAGAGUGUUCCGCGUGCCGCUGACGAGAGACAUGGUCACUUCACUGUUCAAUUUCAAACAAGCCAAAACCUUUUUUGACUGGAUAACGCUGGGCAUCAUGGCGAUUGAAAUCGCGCUGUUGUAUUUCUUGCCAUCCAGCUUUAAACGUAUUUUCUUCUGCUUCUUGUUCGCGUUUUGGCGUCUGGCUUACAAUGUCGGUAUCGGGUUUUUGUUGAAAUAUCAGAGUGAGAGUCGCGGUCUUGUUCGUUGGGUCAAGAAAUACAAGAUCUUUGAUCAAAAGGCGAACCCCAAGAUCUACCAGUGGCUCGAAUAUCAGCUGAGCUUGAAAAUGGGUGAUGAUUACGAUUUUGCAACAUCGCCAUUGGAAUAUAAUACGUGGAUGCUUUACCGUCAGUUGGUGGAUAUCAUUUUGAUGAAUGAUUUCACUUCUUACAUCUGCUUUGCUUUGUCAUGGUUCAACCCAUCACCGCGUUCCACGUUUUUCAUGGGUGAUACUCUACGCUGGCUUGGUGGAUUGUUUUUGAUCGCUUUCAAUAUCUGGGUCAAGAUCGAUGCGCAACGUGUUGUAAAAGAUUUCGCAUGGUAUUGGGGUGACUUUUUCUUUUUGGUGGAACAAUCACUUACAUUUGAUGGCGUCUUCGAAAUGGCUCCUCAUCCGAUGUAUUCCAUUGGCUACUUUGGAUAUUACGGUAUUUCGCUCAUUUGCGCAAGCUACACCGUCCUGUUUGGUAGUAUUGCCGCUCAUGCCCUUCAAUUUGCCUUCCUCAUCUUUGUCGAAACUCCUCAUAUCGAAAAAACGUAUAAUCCUCCUGCAACGCCGAAACGACAAGUGCCUGCCACCAUGGCGGCAUCGGCAGAUACUCAAGUUUUGGAAACCACCUUGGAUCAAACGGCCACCUACGAUUUUUACGCAAACUAUUUCCGGCGCGAUCUGAUAGUUUUCAAGAAUUUCGACCUGGCCCGAUCGACAGACUUGGUUUUUGCCAUGGUCAUGAGCUACAGCUUGCUGCUUACAUUUUUGCUUCCUGGUAAAGCCGGUGUUGUGUUUGCCUUUGCUCAAGCUUUGUUUUGGCGCAUCUUCCAUUCGUACGGUCUCGGAUUCUUGCUACACGCUCAAUCAAAAGAUAAAUUCUUUACAAGACAUUUCGUCAAGUGGGGCGGCGGCGUACAGGAAGCAUUCCAGAACUGGAAGAGCAUCUACAAUUUGUCGCUCUGCAUGACUUAUGUUUCUUUUGCGGCGGUGUGCUGGAAAGUGUAUGCUUUACCUGAAGACUGGACUUACGGAACCACGCUCUUGAGACAUACCUUGGGUAUGGUUUUUAUUGGUCUUCACAUCUGGACCUCGGUUUCCAUUUAUGAGGUGCUCGGUGACUUUGGAUGGUUCUAUGGCGAUUUCUUUAUUGACGGUCAACCGUCGGAACUGUUGUAUUCUGGCAUUUACCGAUUCCUGAACAAUCCUGAAAAGAUCAUGGGCCACGCUGCAUUUUGGGGUUUGACUUUGCUAGCCAACAGCUGGGCUGUGUUUGGAUUGGCUUUGUUCUCGCAGAUCUCUACACUGAUCAUUAUUCAUUACGUGGAAGGGCCCCAUAUGCGCAAACUGUAUGGUAAUCAAAUUCGCAAAGAGGCAGGAUUAACCAAAGUGUUGAAAACGGCGGCGACGGCCAUUCCUUCCAAGAUUCCCGAUAAACUUCAGCAUGAAGUGUCCAAACUCAUUCGAGAGAAGCAAGAAUUGCAAACGGCCAUGAACACGACGAAAAACAUGGAACGGAUUGUCAAGGAAGCGGUGGAAAAAGUGGAAAAAGCAGUAGAAGAAACCAAACUUCACGUGAAUGACAUGGUAGAUGCAGCCCGACCCAAGUUGCAAGAAGUGUUGGAUGAAACACGAUCGUUGCUUGAAGUAUCACGUUCUCGACUGAUUCCUAUUGUUGGCAACAUUGCCACAUAUGACCUGUCAAAAUAUGCUAUCCGCACCAACGUCGACGCUUCGGUCGUACUUGGCCAUCCGAUCAAAGUGAAUUGGAAAGCCCCCGAUUACCAUGGUCCACGUGACUGGAUCGGUGUGUACAAGGUAUCGGCCAACAAACAAAGGCGCAUCACCACGGUCAGUUCACGAGGCUUAUGGCGAUGGACCAAUGCUUGUGUCAACAAAGAGAAACCUGAAGAUGCCAUCUUUCCACCCGAGAUCGAGCUCAAGACCGAAGGGACCAUCGAAUUCUCCGGUAACUUGUUACCCUGGGAAACGGGAACCUAUGAGUUCAGAUAUCAUCACGAUGGGAAACAUAAUGUCAUGGCAGCGAGUCAGUCAUUUGAAAUCAUUGCGCCAUCUUCCCAGGAUGCACAUGACGCAAAGGCGGUUCAACGGACUGUAUUAAAGUUUGUGCAGAAUGUGCUGGGUAAUGAUUCCGAACUGAUGCCUGUAUCCUCCAUGGAGGAAUUUAUUGGUAUUGGCGAAAACGAGGCGAAACAUCUGGUGCGUCUGAUCAAAUUGACUUUUGGCGUGGAGUUUGCCUGGGAAGUGGUUCUCGUCGAUAAGACGGUUGCGCAAUUGACAAAAAGGAUUCAGCAUGGUCUAAAGACGUUGACACCCUUUCCGAAAAUGCAACCAAGUGUGUCCCUGUCGUUGAGUAACUUACCGUCGAGUGUAUGCAACCCAUUGACUGCGCAGCAGCUGACAACUACCGAAACUUCUGCGGUUGUAAUAUAGAAACUUGUAUAUGAUACAAAAAUUUAGAUACCGGGUAAAAAAAAAAAAAAAAAGACACAGCAACUAUGGCUCUACAGUCAUAUUAUUAUCGGUGUGAAAUAAUUGGAAACAUGCUUGUCUGGAAUACCGUGUAAUGAACAUGAAUACUAC